CAACUGCGAAACUCCAGUCACACUGAAUUCAAACAGGUUGCGACAACAGACGAGGAAGCUAUGGCUGCGAGUAGGACAUUGAGAAUAGGCUUGAUCCCCGGUGAUGGUAUUGGCCGAGAGGUCAUCCCGGCCGGUCGACGCGUGUUGGAAUCCUUGCCAUCAUCACUGGGAUUGAAUUUCUCCUUUGUGGACCUCGAUGCCGGGUACGAGCACUUCAAGCAGACGGGAACGGCGUUGCCAGACAAGACGGUGGAGACACUUCAGAAGGAAUGUGACGGUGCUCUAUUUGGAGCAGUGAGCUCCCCCACCACCAAAGUCGCCGGAUACACAUCGCCGAUUGUAGCUCUGCGCAAGAAGCUGUCUCUGUACGCCAACGUUCGACCAUGCAAGACGACGGCAUCGCCCGCAUUCGCUUCCCCUACACCACACCCGAUCGAUCUGGUCAUUGUGCGUGAAAACACCGAGGAUCUGUACGUCAAGGAGGAGAAGACAUAUCCUGACCCGUCCGGAGACGGCACCAUCGCCGAGGCCAUCAAGCGAAUUUCGAGCAAGGCCACAUGGCGGAUCGCCAACAUUGCCGGCGAGAUUGCGGUGCGACGACAGAAGAUGAGAGAGGCGGCUGAGGGCGCUGAGAAGAAGGCUAUGGUCACCAUUACUCACAAGUCCAACGUCUUGAGUCAAACUGAUGGCUUGUUCCGUUCGACUGCUAGAGAGGCGUUGGCUCAACCUCAAUUCUCUUCCAUUGGCGUCGAAGAGCAGAUCGUCGACAGUAUGGUCUACAAAUUAUUCCUGCAACCCCAGUACUACGACGUCAUUGUCGCCCCUAACCUGUACGGUGACUUGCUCUCAGACGGUGCCGCUGCUCUGGUUGGUUCUUUGGGUUUGGUGCCUUCGGCCAAUGUUGGCGAGGGCAUCGUCAUUGGCGAGCCUUGUCACGGCUCGGCUCCUGAUAUUGAAGGCAAGGGUAUUGCCAACCCCAUCGCCACCAUCAGAAGUGUCGGUGUCAUGCUCGAGUUCCUUAAUCUGCCAGAAGCUGCCAAUGUCAUCUACAAAGCAGUGGAUGCAAAUCUAGCAGAGGGCAAAUUCGUCAGCCCUGAUUUGGGUGGUCAAGCUACCACCGACCAAGUUGUAAAUGACAUCCUGAAGAGGCUCUAGACCAUCUUGAACCUCCCUAUAUAAAACUUGAUAGAAACCGAAUGCUACAAGACAUCACUUUUUACUUCUGUCAAAC